CGUAACUGACAAAAUGGCGCCCCAUCCAAGAUGGAGGGACUUAACUAAGGUUCUUCAUUACUAGUCCACAGAAGACGAACAGCUCGGUCUCACUGUGGGGAGCGCUUCUGGAACCACGCUCAAUACCGACAGUAAUUACAAACCAAAAGCUAGAAGGCGGAACGAAGACCACCCCCUUGCCAGACUUUCCGGGGGAACUCGGCGCGCCGGCGUCGCGCGUCCGAGGACGUCACUUCCGCCCGGAAGACUCACCCUGGAAACAACUCCUGUCACUUGAGCAUCUCCGUGGCCAGCAUGGCCCUGCCGCCCUUCUUCGCCCCGGGCCGCCCGGGCCCGCCUCCUCCGCAGCAGCCGCCUCCUGCGCCGUUCGGCUGCCCGCCACCGCCGCUGCCUUCCCCGGCUUUCCCGCCGCCUCUGCCCCAGCGGCCCGGCCCUUUUCCGGGAGCCUCUGCCCCUUUCCUCCAGCCUCCCCUGGCUUUGCAGCCCCGGGGUCCCGGGGACAUCUCCCGCAGUGGCGGCGGCGGCAGCAGCAGCGGCGGCAGUGGUGCCUUCUACCCGGUGCCACCGCCGCCGCUCCCGCCGCCGCCGUCCCAGUGCCGGCCCUUCGCGGGCACCGAGGCCAGCGAGCGGCCGGGGCCACCGGCAGCAGGUCCGGGGCCGCCCUGGAGCCUGCGCUGGCCCGAGGCGCCGCCGCCGCCCGACGUGCUCGGGGACGUGGUGCUGCAGCGUCUGCGCGACCGGCAGUGGCUCGAGGCGGUGUUCGGGACCCCGCGGCGGACCAGCUGCCCGCUGCCCCAACGCUCGGCCCCCGGCCCCAGCCUCGGCGAAGUGCGCGGGAGGUUGCGCGGGGCUCUGCGCCUGGUGCGGCGGCUGCGGGAGCUGGGGCAAGCCCUGCGCGAGGCCGAAGCCGACGGCUCAGCCUGGGCCCUGCUGCACGUCCAGGCCGCGCCCCUGCGCGCCCAGCUAACCGAGCAGCUGCAACCGCUGACCCAGCCCGCCUACGUGGGUGAGGCGCUGCGGAGGCUGGAGAGGGUGAGGCGCCGCCGGCUGCGGCUUCGCGAGAAGACCCGGGAGCGCGAGGCCGAGCGGGAGGCCGAGGCCGCCCGAGCAGCGGAACGCGAGCAGGAGAUUGAUCGCUGGAGAGUCAAGUGCGUGCAGGAGGUGGAAGAGAAGAAGCGGGAGCAGGAACUCAAAGCUGCUGCUGAUGGCGUCUUAUCUGAAGUGAGGAAGAAACAAGCAGACACCAAGAGGAUGGUGGAUAUUCUCCGGGCUUUGGAAAAGCUGAGGAAACUGAGGAAGGAGGCCGCAGCCAGGAAAGGAGUGUGCCCGCCAGCCUCAGCAGAUGAGGCUUUUGAACAUCAUCUUCAGCGCCUGAGAAAACUCAUCAAGAAACGCUCUGAGCUCUAUGAGGCUGAAGAGAGAGCCCUCAGAGUUAUGCUGGAGGGAGAGCAAGAAGAAGAGAGGAAAAGAGAAUUGGAAAAGAAACAAAGGAAAGAAAAAGAGAAGAUUUUGCUUCAAAGACGUGAAAUUGAGUCCAAGUUGUUUGGGGAUCCGGACGAGUUCCCGCUGGCUCACCUGCUGCAGCCUUUCCGACAAUAUUACCUCCAGGCUGAGCACUCCCUCCCGGCUCUCAUCCGGAUCAGGCACGAUUGGGAUCAGUACUUGGUGCCGUCCGACCAUCCCAAAGGCCACUCUGUUCCCCAAGGAUGGGUCCUGCCCCCGCUCCCCAGCAACGACAUCUGGGCAACAGCCGUUAAGCUGCCCUAGUCAAGAUGCUCCAGGAGUGUGGUCCAGCCCUGGCUCAUUCCAGCUCUGGAUGCUUACUAAGCUUGCCAUCUUCUUAUGCCGUAGACUCAGCUGCAACUUCUGAAUCCCACGUGGCAUGGCCUUACAUGAAGUUCAGUUUCCCCUCUGUGCUCUGUCCUUGCCAGAGGUGCCUCUUGAAUCAGGAAAUGGACAUGGUUCUUCAGGAAAGGACCAGGUGAACCAAGGUCAUGGCCUCAGCAGUGAGCUUGUCUCACCAAAUUUGCCUCUGUUUUGAGGGGCUUGGUUCAGAGGGACUUGUUAAUUUACUCGAACUUCCUUGUGUGGUGUUGGGUAAGUACACUCAGUUCACUCCAGCACUGAGCCCACGUGUCUGCCAGGUGGCAGCCCUUCCACCAACCCUGAGCGUGAACAAGAGCUUGAUGCAAAUCCUCCCACUCCCCAGCAACCAUCUCACAUCUAGGAGGAAAGGUCCGACAUGCUGUGACUUUGGCUUUGCUAAUCACAGUGUCGCCGCAGCUCAGGAGGCUACUUGUUAGGAAGAUAGCAGUGACUGCAAGGCCAGGCUGCCAGAAGAGGCCUGAAGACUGCUCGUACUGGAGUUGGAAUGUGUUUGAAUGUGCGAUGGCUGCACUGGCCGCAUGUGACGAUCCUAACGAGAGGUCCGAGGGUUCUAGUUGUUAAGAACUCCCAAGAUUAGAAAAUGUCUUUCCCCAUGGGAAUGGGCUGUAACCCUCAUAGCUGUGAAAUUUUCCUAGGACCUCAGGCUUCCAAAAACAUUCCUGUAGUCAAAGCUGGAGAAAA